AUAACUAAAACGGUCUGAAGCAAUCAAACUCUUAACCCUCCGCUCACUUGCUCCAUCGAUGUAAGAGGUAAAUCAAAUUGACAACCCUCAACACUAUUCUUUGUUGAAUUGAAAGACUCUUUUCUUUUUUCUUCCCUCCCCAACUUUCCCAGUUCACUUCGUCUUUACAGUAAUCCCUGUGCUUGUCUGCAUGUGACCGACAACACACAUGAAUUCUCCAUCAACGAUUCUAUUUCCUCAAUUUAGACAUAUAAUGGUUCUGUCGUUACUAUCACCCUUUUUGUUUGUUCUUCUCCCCACCAAAACAUAAUGGUCCAAUACCUUUUACUCUAUAACUCAGGAACAGAGGUAUGAGAGUGGGAUCAAGCUUGGUAGGAGAGAUUAUUGCUUUUAUAGUCCAGACAAGAUAUACAUGUUACUAUUGUCUCUAAUAUAAUCAACAAUAUAUGUCAACAAAAAAAUUCAUAUUAGAAAGUUUCAUAAAUUUUGCACAGUUGAGAAUUAAAGUCCUACUAGUGGGCUUAAAGAUAGAAGAUUGCCUUUUUUUCCUUAGUCUUCUUCUUUCUUUUUAGGCUCCUUUUGUUCUAAUUUCUCUUGUAACUUUUCUCUUUUUACCCUCUCCAUUUCGUCCCACCAUCUUGCCUUGAAUUAUGGAUAGGAUCCGAGAUGAAGGUAUGCAGGGACUGAGAGAGAGCAGAGCACCAAAGUUCGACCCAGAGACCAAGAAGGUUGUAUGCAGGAGUGUUCAAACGUAUUGGUUACCGUGGUAAUCAUAUUAACCGUUAGCAUUCGGUUAAUUUGGUUUGGUUAAUGUGGAUAAUUGGUUUGGUUUGGUUAAACAAUUUAGCUUAUUUGGUUAAGGUGGUUUGGUUUCAACACUGCUAACCAAUGAAACUAAUUAACCAAUUAAUGAUACGACUAAUAUACAAAAUUAUUUAUACUUCUGUGCAACCAACCAAACCAAACUUUUGUGAUUUCCUAUUUUAUUUCCAUGUGCACAACAAACCAAAGCAUUAUGGGUAAAAAAUUAAAUGGGUCUGCCUAUUUACUAAACCAAAAUAUUUUGGACAAUUACUAGACUUUAGGAUUACAUACAAUACCAUGACAACCACCUCAAACUAUGUAUAGUUUAAGUGUUUUGUAGGAGAGCUUUAACUUCUUGAUGAGUGGUAUCGAAUUGUAUUUCAUAUUUAUGUUAAGGGUUUGUUAUAAGCUAACUAUAUUAGGUGCAGAGAUGAUGAAUGAUGUAUUAACUCGAAUGAUGAUGAUAAUCAUGGAUGGUUAGUCGUAUUAUUAUUGCUUAUAUAUAAUGAUAGUUUAUGAUAGUAAUAACAUAUAGUUAUGUUUUAUUCAUUAACAGAAUAAUUAUUUUCAUGUAAUGCUAUGUUAUUUGGUUAUCCGAUUAUUCGAUUAACCAAACCAAUUAAACUUUGAUUUGGUUUGGUUUGGUUAAUUUGGUUUUCGAGUUAAUUUGGACGGUUUGGUUAAGACAUUUUAUUCCAUGGUUAAUGAAAUUUAGGCUUAAUUGGUUUGGUUAUUACCACAGUAAGUCAGUAACCAUUUGAACAACCCUAGUUGCAUGGUAAACCCACGAUGUCACAAUGGCCAAUGGAAGUGUUCUCGGAUCCGAUACUUAAACAAAUUUUUAUGAUGAUUAUUUUUUUAUAAUUGGUAUGUAUGUGUUACUUAAAGGAUUUCAGGGACCAAGACACAAAUUCGUGUUGUCUGGAUGUCGAGCUUCUGGAUCAGGAUCUGACAAUCUAUCUCUGCAAGGAGAGGGGUGAAGGAAUGGGUUCUCGCGAUCUUCAAUCCCCAGAGCAUGGCUUGGGCUUCAGCAAUCUCCGGUGGCCAACAAACGUGUGUAUGAUACACAGUCGCCAUGUGGAAACCUCCUUCUCCAUCUCGGAGAACCAAUCUGUUUGUACCGACUAGCUCCGGAUCGAACAAUAAUAUUUGUUGGUGUGGGGUUGAGUCACGAUUCGUUCGUCUGAUCUCGUCGGGAGGGAAGAGACCUGUGAAAGAGCCGGGGUUGCCCCCCGGAUUAAGCUCCGACGAUCAAGUCAGUUUAUGUUUAAGGUGAAAGUUGAGAGAACAAGGUAGAGAGAUAAAGUGUAGAGAGAUAAUGAAAAGUGGGAAAAAAGGAGAGACCUGUGCGCCCUCCUACUUAGUCUAAGCGCGUAGUAUUUCAGUAACACCCCCAACCAAUCCCUAACCAGUUCCGCUUGUGUCAUUCUCAAAGAUUGUGGCGUCUGUCCCUGCCUUGUGCCUGCUAAAAUUCCUCCAGGUAACCCUGUGCUCUAGCCACAAUUUUCCACUCUUCUAGUUUAGAGUUGUUGAAUAGAUGAUUGUUUCUCUCCUUGAAGAGAAACGAUAUUAGUAUAGCACAGAGCUCCUCAUCGCUAGCUUUGUCAAGCAGCUCGCAAAUCCAUCCUUUACUGUCUUGUCUUUGCCUAAUUGGAAAUUUUUUGCUAAAAAACUCGGCCUCCACCCCCUCCCAAUCACAAUCCCUAGUGAUGUGUUCAUGUGUCUCAGUGAAACUGUUAGAAACCCACCUUAUGUGGGAUUCUCUUAUUAGUUAUGGUAGGGUAAUUAUUAAGAAUAUUAGUAACUUGGGGGUUAAGUUUAGGGUUAUUAUCAGGUUUAUUCCAGUAUUUCCUAUAAAUAUGUAUUCGGUCGUUCAUUUACGAUCAAGCAAAGAUUAAUCAAAGAACUACCUCCCUAAACCCUAAUCUCUUUCUCUCUCAAUAUCGUCUAUCUAUCUCUCUAAAGGCCUAGGCCGAUUCUCUAUUCAUCUCUUCUCAAAUUUCUAAUUCUGUUCUCAAUUCCUAAAUCCCCAAUUCCCGAUAGAACCCUAAUCUCAGGUUCUAUCAUUUGGUAUCAGAUCCAUGGUCACAUAUUUGAGUUCAUCACAACUCUCACCAGGGAAUUGUCAUAAAAAACUAUAUCACACGUUUGAAGCUCUCCAAGUCAGUCUAGUAAAAUAUGAAGCUAGUCUAGUAAAAGAUGAAGUUCACAGGAAAGCUCACGACAACUAUAUGAUAGCAUGCCUGGAAGAACUUCGAGCCAAACUCGAGCGUCGUGUGACUCGCCGUCGCGCGACCAGCAGCCAUCCAGAGUCGACGACAAAGGAUUCAUCAACUCCAGCCGUCGUUGAAGACGCUCAUACUGACGCGGAGUUGGCACCUACCACCAUGGAAAUCAGUUCAAUCGACGCAGCUCCACAACUGGCUUCCACCACUGACGUCCCAAGCAUCUUCAUAACCAUCAUCGAGGUUCAACCGCUAUUGACGUCGACAGCAGCGGCGACAGUUCCGAUCACCAAACCAUCAACUCCUCUCGGCGCGGCCGAUAUUGAAGUUCCAACUGCUACAGAGGCAAGAUUUACAGCCACUCCAACCGUCGUGCCCAGGGACUUUUCCGAAUCUACGUGGAGGUGGAAGGCCGAGAUGGACCGGUUGCUGGCGAAGCUGGCAUCGUUCGACGGGAAUGACGAUGAGGAUGACUGGUGGGACGAGGAGGUCCCGGUGGUGGCGACCAAAGCGUUGCAGCUGACCAAGACCGAGAAUACAACUGCGGCUGCCUUUCACACGACAUCACCAUCAUCACUAGUUGUUUCCCCACCAGCCGAGCAGGAGAUGGAGGUCUCCGCGGUGGUUCUAGCCGGAAUCACGAAAUCGGAUUCGGCGGGUAGUUAUGAGACCCAACACGACAACGAGCAGAAGGAAGACGAGCUAUGGCUGGGUGCGAUAAAAGGAAGAGGAGUCGCGGCGCCCAGUCCCAUUGCAUCACCCACGUCAGCACAAUUGAAGGAACAACUCUUCUUUGUCGAGGGUAGGGAUGCCAUCCCCAACCAGUUCUUGGGCAAAGAUUCCACUGUAUCUUCAGCUGCCGCAUCCCCAUCAGCGACCCUUGCUGUCAAGAAGAGCGCCACCGCUGCCGAUAGAACUCGACUGCGCUUUCAAACCGCCCUACUGUCGAUCGUCACGGUUGGCUCCCGGGACCACACAGAACGAGAGUCAAAUCAGCCGGGAAACGGAGCCGCCGACGCGCCCAAGCAAACGACCUUCUACCCGCCCUGCUCAAGUCAACGUCAUCGCCGGUGGUGGGAGGAAUCAAGAAAUUGCAGCUGCUAGGCAACACUAGCCCUUCCACCGAGACGACCGUCGUCGCUUCAAGUUCCAAGGUACUCUCAAUUGAUGAAUUUGGAAGUUCCUUUCCACGUAUUGCCUUGACUCACAUGGAAGGAAAAAAGAGGGGUUCUUACAAAAAGAGGGGUUUAAUGAAUUACAAUAAGCCUUAUGGAAGCCUAGCAGGGUGUGAAUGUGAGAAUGAGUUAUUCGGAGUGGUACGACUAUAAUUGUCUUCGUCGAGUACUGUUGGUGCACAUAACGGUACGGGCUCGAGAGCGAGAAGGUCAGAGCUAAUUCUUAAGAGCAAGUUUCAUGGAAGAGAAAACCAGCAGCUACCAGUCUGCACUAUCCUUACAGGCAUGAGUCUCGUCGUGGAGCUCUCCAGAUGCAGCAGCGGCAUUCUCAUCGGAGAAUUUAGGGGAUGUGUGCAAGGAAAAGUGGCAAGAGCAAGCUGCUGCUCAAGACAUUCAGGUGGUCGGAUUCAUGUAAUGGUUGGGAAGAACUUCGCGUCGCAGCUUUGGAAAGAGUAGGCGAGGAAGGGACCCGAAUGCUGCGGGGUCGACAUGCUGGUUGCUUCCUAUCUCAGCUCCAGCUUUGGGGCAGCGACCAGUAGAGUUACUCAUUGGGCACAAGGACAUUUUCUAGGGUAUUCAAUUGGAAGAAAAGGAAGGAGCAGCUGGGUGUACUCGUCACUUUUGUUGGCUGUGUAAAACGGCCAGGAGGGGUACUACGGAUGAGCUAUGCCAAUGAAGCAGGUUGGUCUCACUUUCUUCAUUGGGAAUGGAAAUGGCAGCCGAGGGAUGCAGGGAGAAGGCCACUGGAUGAUGGUGGGAUUAUUGUUAUUGUAAUUAUGAAAUGGAAGGCAUAUGGGGUAAAAGAAGAGUUGUUGGGUGGUUAUGUUUAUGGGGAGUUUUUCUACUGGAGAAAGUUUGCAGGGGAGGAAUUGGGGGAAAAUAUUGGAGUGUGUGGAAUAAUUGGGAAAAUAUUGGAGGACGAUAUUGGAGGAGCGCCAUCUGAUUGUAUUAGCGUGAGAGAGGGAAGCAGUUUUAUGCGAGGAGUGGGGGAUGACUUGAUACGGGAGUCGAGCUUCAGACUGGGGCGCAAGAGCAACAAGGUAGUAAAGGCUUCGAUCGUUAGAGAAGGGCAGUUCCCGGAGCCAUAUCUCGUGGAGUUUGAAAGGGAGGACGAAAUUUCACUUGACCAAGAACACGGUAGUGGUAUGUGUCAUGGGGUUGGCAAAGGAUCUGGAGGUGUUGGGGCUGUUGGAGUUGGGGUCGUUCGUGAGCGGGAGCGCAAUUGGAAGCGAAGAAAAUGGAUGGUCAAGACAGUGGAGGUUGAAUGCGACCUUGAGGACAAGGUCGUUUUUAAGGGGGAUGGAUUGUUAGAAACCCACCUUAUGUGGGAUUCUCUUAUUAUUUAUGGUAGGAUAAUUAUUAAGAAUAUUAGUAACUUGGGGGUUAAGUUUAGGGUUAUUAUCAGGUUUAUUCCGGUAUUUCCUAUAAAUAUGUAUUCGGCCGUUCAUUUACGAUCAAACAAAGAUUAAUCAAAGAACUACCUCCCUAAACCCUAAUCUCUUUCUCUCUCAAUAUCGUCUAUCUAUCUAUCUAAAGGCCUAGGCCGAUUCUCUAUUCAUCUCUUCUCAAAUCCCUAAUUAUGUUCUCAAUUCCUAAAUCCCCAAUUCCCGAUAUCACCCUAAUCUCAGGUUCUAUCAGAAACCACAAAAAGGGCAUUCAUUGCUCGCAUCUUUGAUUCGUCGUUCCAGUUUAGAUCCUAUGUGUAGGAUUAGAUCCCCAUUUCAAGACAGACUCGAACCUUAGGUGGGAGUUGCAGAUACCACAGUCUAUUCCAAUUGAAUGGUACAUAAUGUUCAACUUGUUGGGUAGAUUGUUUCAUUCGCCACUCCCAAUAGCCCGAGCGAACUAAGUAUAAUUAGGCUGAAAGUAGUUAAUGAAACGAUUGUUAUUGU